GAGAAAGAGAGUGAGUGAGUACUAGUUGGAAAAGGCUGUGCUAGCGCAGUGGCUCCGAGCCAGCUAUCGGCACUAAGCAGAACAGCGGAUCCCUCCUCAUCUCAUCUCUGCCCCAAGGAGGAAAAAAAGAACGUGAAAAGAAGUCAGCCGCUUCGCUUCGCUCGCCUGUCGGAAACGGGAGCUCAAACUACGGUCCAGAGAGAAUGGACUGCCAAGGGGAAGGCUCGUUCUUCAGAAGAGCUUGCAGGGGAAUGCCAGUGAUGGAUAGCCUCCAUUUGCUCACCCGCGGUCUCCGGGCACUGCAGAGGAUAAGCCGCACGAUUUGGUGCCUCGCUUUAGGGCAGCAAAAGUUCUCUCUCGCUCUCCCCCCCUCCCUUUAUCUCCAUUUUCUUUGUGGGUACAACCUUCGCUGCCCCGAGAGCAAGUGAGAGCGGGCGACACGUGGUUGUUCAAGGCAGCCACAAGGGACGACCCUCGGUGCCUCCCUGCGGCCCGCUCCCUUGCUCUCCGGGCGAAGGGGAUUAAGUUUACGGCGGGCGGUAGGAGGCGGACAGGGCGGCGUCAAGGGCAUAAUGAGGGCCCUGUCAUCGGCAGGAUGCAUGUUGAAUAAAACUGUGUUGGGUAGAGUUAUAACUCGCAUUGAAACGUGCCGUUUUGUGCCUCGAUCGCUUAGAAGUUCUACACAAGUCUCGUCGCAACCCCGUCCCUGUCCUGAAAGUCCCCCCACCCUUUUCUUUUUUUUUGCUUUUUUCUGGACGUCACUCCAUGUAGCCCCGCCCGUGAACUGCCGGGCGGGGCUUAACACAACGCCAGGGGGAAAAGAGGUGUUGCCAAAGAAAGGCGAGGGGGCGUGUCCUUAUCGCCGCGUUGAGGGCGCCAGUUGGAAGGCAGUCGAGGCCGGUGGUGGUAGAGGAAGGUGGGAGGGCGCGCGCGCGGACGUCUGGUUGGCCACUCGGCCAACUGUCCGUAAGGCGAGCUAGGCGGCGGCACAGGGCGGCGCGCGCGCGGAGGGGCGCCCAUGGUGUGGCCUCAUGUCUAAGACGCUGCGGAGGAAGCGCCACUGGCUCAGCAAGGUGCAGGAGUGCUCCGUGUCCUGGGGGAGCGGCUCCGGCCCAGACCCCGACCUCCUGCGGGGAGGCGCCGAACGAGGAGAAUUCCCUUACUUCGGGGGCCGCCUGCUGACAGUGGGCGACUCCGGCGGCGGAGCGGGCUCCGUUUUGCUUUCAGGAAAGCCCCCUGCCCCUGGGGACGUACUGCUGGAGGUAAACGGGACCCCAGUGAGCGGCCUCACUCACCGCGACACCCUAGCCGUCAUCCGCCACUUCAGGGAGCCGGUGCGCCUCAAGACCGUGCGGCCAGGCAAAGUCAUCAACAAAGAUUUACGCCACUACCUAAGCCUACAGUUUCAGAAAGGUUCAAUUGAUCACAAACUGCAACAGGUUAUCAGAGACAAUCUUUACUUGAGAACUAUUCCAUGCACUACAAGAGCUCCCAGAGAUGGGGAAGUCCCUGGAGUGGACUAUAAUUUUAUACAUGUUGACCAAUUCAAGGCAUUGGAAGAAAGUGGAGCUUUGCUAGAAAGUGGAACAUAUGAUGGUAAUUUCUAUGGGACUCCUAAACCUCCAGCUGAGCCUAGUCCAUUUCAACCUGAUCCAGUGGACCAGGUGCUUUUUGAUAACGAUUUUGACCUGGAAUCUCAAAGAAAAAGAACAACAUCUGUCAGCAAAAUGCAGAAAAUGGACACUUCCCUUCCUGAAGAAGAAGAGGAAGAAGAAAAAGUAGCAAUUAAUGGUAAUGGAGGAACAGAAUACAAAGAGCGACAUUUGGACUCUUCUGAUUGGAUGAAAACUGUUCCUAGUUAUAGUCAGACAAAUAGUUCUGUGGAUUUCAAAAAUUAUUUAUCGAGGGAAGAAAACUUAGAGCCUCUGCCCAAGAACUGGGAGAUGGCCUACACAGAUACUGGAAUGAUCUAUUUCAUUGACCACAAUACGAAAACUACCACCUGGCUGGAUCCUCGUCUGUGUAAAAAGGCCAAAGCCCCUGAAGACUGUGAAGAUGGAGAGCUUCCUUAUGGUUGGGAGAAAAUAGAAGACCCUCAGUAUGGAACAUAUUAUGUUGAUCACAUCAACCAGAAAACUCAAUUUGAAAAUCCAGUUUUGGAAGCCAAACGAAAAAAACAGCUAGGACAGACUGAUGGAGGCUUGUCAAAUCCAGAACAAGCAAAACCUUUCUUUACUCGAGAUCCAUCCCAGUUGAUAGGGACACUAAUACAAACAUCACAGAAAAGUACUAUGGGAUUUGGAUUCACAAUAAUUGGGGACAGACCAGAUGAAUUUCUACAGGUGAAGAAUGUGUUAAAGGAUGGACCUGCUGCACAAGAUGGCAAAAUUUCAUCAGGUGAUGUCAUUGUAGAUAUAAAUGGUACAUGUGUCCUUGGCCAUACCCAUGCUGAUGUUGUCCAGAUGUUUCAAUUAGUUCCCGUCAAUCAGUAUGUGAAUAUGACGUUGUGUCGUGGAUAUCCUCUGCCUGAUGAAAGUGAAGAUCCUGUUGUAGAUAUUGUUACAGCCACUCCUGUCUUAAAUGGCCAACCAGUUACACAAGGAGAUACCUGUAUACUCAGUCAGGAUUUAAUCCCAGGAACAGUGGUUUUGGAUCACAAUAGUAAAACUGGACAUAUAUUAGUCAAUGGACGCCUGAACGGUCCUUCAACAAUAGACUUUGGAGAAGAAAGGGCUACAGGGUCUUCUUCAGGAUGUUCUCAAACAGAAAUGGUCACAAUUCCUCUGAUCAAGGGACCUAAAGGUUUUGGAUUUGCAAUAGCUGAUAGCCCUGCAGGACAAAAGGUGAAGAUGAUUUUAGACAGCCAGUGGUGUCAUGGACUUCAGAAAGGGGAUGUAAUUAAAGAGAUUUAUCAUCAGAAUGUACAGAAUUUAACACACAUCCAGGUAGUAGAAGUACUGAAGCAGUUCCCAGUUGGAGCAGAGGUGCCACUGCUUAUCCUAAGAGGAGGACCUUCCUCACCUGCAAAAACUCCCAGUAUUGAUAAUGUGAAAAUAAAUAAGCAGGAAAAUUCAGGAAGCUUAGAGACUAUUGGACCGGUUCCACAUCCAAUGCCUUUUCCACCUACUUCUGUGAAGUCGUCUUCCCCAAAGCUUGACCCUUCUGAAGUUUAUCUGAAAUCUAAAAUAUUAUUUGAAGAUAAACCUCCAAACACAAAGGAUUUAGAUGUUUUCCUUCGAAAGCAAGAAUCUGGGUUUGGUUUCCGAGUUCUUGGAGGAGAUGGUCAAGAUCAGUCAAUCUACAUUGGAGCAAUCAUCCCACUGGGAGCAGCAGAGAAAGAUGGUAGACUCCGUGCUGCUGAUGAGCUUAUGUGCAUUGAUGGAAUCACAGUGAAAGGGAAAACACAUAAGCAAGUUCUGGAUUUAAUGACAAGCGCUGCACGAAAUGGACAGGUGCUGCUGACUGUUCGCAGGAAAAUCUACUUUGGUGCUGAUAAACAACCAGAAGAAAUAACAUCUGAAGUUCCUUUCAUCUCCCAGAGUGGCUCUCCUAGACUUAACCGACAAGAGAUAAUCAACAAACAGUUCCCAGAAGCUUAUGAUGUAGUACUGCAACGAAAGGAAAAUGAAGGAUUUGGUUUUGUGAUCCUUACCUCAAAGAAUAAACCACCACGUGGUGUAAUUCCUCAUAAGAUUGGACGUGUUAUAGAUGGGAGUCCAGCUGAUCAGUGUGGAAAACUGAAAGUAGGAGAUAGAAUUUCUGCAGUGAAUGGACAAUCAAUUAUAGACUUGUCACAUGAAAAUAUUGUGCAGCUGAUCAAAGAUGCAGGGAAUACUGUCACACUCACUGUUAUCGCUGAAGAAGAGCACCGUGGUCCCCCAUCAGGAGCAAACUCUGCCAGACAGAGUCCAAUGGUACAACAUCGAGUUCUUGGACCAGUUCCAGCUUCUUCUGUAUCUACUGACAGGGGUGCUAUAGAAGCUGAUGGCGGAAAAGAACAAUGCAACAAUUACAAGCACUUCUCAUUAACUGAAGUUGUUGGGUCUCUUGGAGGGAGCACACUUUCUCAGAAUCCUGGUUGUUAUCCAGUAGAAUUGGAGAGAGGACCUCGAGGCUUUGGAUUUAGCCUUCGUGGUGGAAAGGAGUAUAAUAUGGGGCUAUUUAUUCUUCGACUAGCUGAAGAAGGGCCUGCCAAAGAUGGGAGAAUUCAUGUAAGUUGGGACCAGAUUGUUGAAAUCAAUGGUGAACCAACACAAGGAAUUACCCAUACCUCGAGCCAUGAAUUGAUUCAGUCUGGAGGAAAUAAAGUUCUUCUCCUUUUGCGACCAGGGACUGGAUUAAUACCAGACCAUGGUUUGGCUCCUUCCAGCUUGUGUUCCUACGUGAAAACUGAGCAGCAUUAAAGCUUUCAGGGCUUUCUUUGGUCUUUCCUUAAACUUGGUGGUCUGGAUAGUUUUAAUCCAGUAUCCUCAAGUGUAACCCAUGGUGAACAUACUUCACUUUCCUCAUCAUCACAUUCUGCUUAU